UGUGCAUAUUCAAAGCUGUAUCCUAUCUGGGCGUGUACUUGAACCCAAUCUGCAGGCUGCAGAUGGGUGUACUUGGCAAGCCGCCCCUGGAUUAAAGUAUAUGUAAAAAAAAAAAACCCUAACAAACUUCUGUUUCCAUCUCAUUGCAUGCAGGCUUCCUCUGCGUGAAGUGUUUUACCUUUUUUUAGUCUACAUUAUUUUCGACAGUCUUGCUUAUGGCCAUCUUCUUACUGGUUUUAAAGCAGUUAUUCAACAAAUGUCAUCUUGGCUUCCUUUGCUACAGACUGAUAUGGCAUCAGAUUCCAUUACUGUAGCAGCGCUUGGAAGACCUCUGUUUCCUGGCAUGUUGUAUGACUGCCGCAAGGAUUCUUUCAUUCCAGGUGUAACUCUGUGGGAUAAAAAAUCACUGCGUGAAGAUUUGGACAGUCAUUCACAGCUCCAGACAGAUUUGAACUUCAGUAGCUCUGACUCUCUCUCUAGUAAGUCCAAUCUCCUGGAUGUGAGUGCUUCCUUGAAGGCCAGCUUCUUGGGGGGUCUGGUGGAGGUGGGAGGAUCUGCCAAGUUCCUGCAUGACACCAAAUCAUCACACCACCAAUCCAGAGUUACAAUGCAGUACAGUGAAACCACCAGAUUUGAUCAGCUCACUAUGACCCAUCUGGGCAAGAUCACCUACCCUCAGGUGUUUGAGCAGAAAACUGCAACUCAUGUGGUCACAGCUGUACUGUACGGCGCUCAGGCUUUUAUGGUGUUUGAUCGGACAUUUUCAGAAGAGGAAAACAAGGAGAAGAUUGAUGGGGAACUGAAUCUUAUGGUGAAGAAAAUCCCCAAAUUCUCAAUUGAAGGAAGUGGAGCUGUACAUAUGACAGAUGAUGACACACAAAAGAUUGAGAAGAUUACCUGCACGUUUUAUGGUGACUUUCACCUUGAGCAAAGCCCAACUUCUUACAUGGAGGCUCUUGAUUUGUACAAAAAGCUCCCUUCUCUGCUGAUGGAGAAUACAGAGAAUGGAGUUCCAAUCAAAGUAUGGCUUUAUCCUCUUCAUUUAUUGGAUUCUAAUGCAGCUCAAUUGGAGGCAAAGAUAAGCACAGGUCUGGUUUCUGACAUUGGAUGUGUAAUGGAGGAGCUAGGAGAAGUAGAGAGGACAUAUAAUGACCUGUCCAGAAAUACACUGGUAAAUAAUUUCAGCAACAUCAAAGAGAGGCUGUAUUUAUUUCAUAAGACUUUUAAUAUAUAUAAGGCAGAGCUCCUGAAAGAUGUUGGCAGAAUCUUGCCUGCUAUUCGAGGAGGAAAAAUGAAGGAAAUAUCACUAGAAGAAAUCUUGAUCCACCGUGACUUCCCUGGCAUGUUUAAGCAGUGGUUGAAUGAUGCAAAGUCUGAAUUUAACCUCUUGAGUUUUUACAUUAAGGGGAUCAAAACUGAAGAUUCAGACAAUCUCAACACCAUCCUCCUUGAUCCUAAUAUUGAUUUUGUGGUGUGCUUGACCCUCACUUCUCUGAAUGAAGACUUAUAUCUUCAAAGUCUGAGGGAGUUUUUAAAAUCUGACAAAUCUAAAGAGUUAGAUGGUAAACAAAAAAGGGUGUCAGUGACUUCUGCGACAAAGUGGUUCAAUGAUUCUGCUAUCAUAAUAAAGAUGAGAGAGAACUUAUCCCUUUUCAGAAGCUUUUCAGAGGCAAAUAAAGAUGAAAAUAGAAUCUGCUUCCUCAUUUCUGCAACAUCUAAUACACUCAGCCCAGGAUCCUCCAUCUAUCUAUAUGAAAAAGGGAAACUGAAAAGCACAGAAUUUCAGCCUGUGUCCAAACCUCCACCACUGAUAGUGAAGAAUGUCCAUGAACAGACUGUGUCCCUGAAACUGCAGAAGUCCCCAACUGGAGAAACAGUGCAGUACAGAGUGGAGUACAAGCAGGUAAAAGCAGAAUCUGAAGCUGAAGAACAGUGGCUUGUCAUAUACACAACUGAUGAAGACUUUACUCUGACUGGACUGGAGUCUGGAAAGCCGUACAUGAUCCGCUACAGGAUAGUGAGUAGAGUGGGAGUGAGUGAAGCAAGUGAGACGGUCAAUCCAAUACCUAUGUCAUCUCAGCCUGUGAUCGUGGGAUUGCUACAAGACAGUGAAACUACCUUUAUGACUCCAUCCAUCACCACCAUUAAGAAGAUCAGCGUUCAUGGUUAUCAACAUUUUUUUGUGAUGCCUAAAAGAGACUUGGCUGACAAGAACGUGAGGUUUGAACUAUUCAGCAGAUUGGAAGGCAUUACGGUAUUUUUCAACACUGGUCACAUGAUCAAAGUUGGUAGAACUUCCAGCAUAACAGAGGAAUUUAUAUUUGAUGACAAUGAUAAACUCAUUGCAGCAACAAUGUGGCAAGAUCAAGAAAAUAGAUAUUUCGGUGGAUUCAAAUUUGAGGUCGCCAACAGUGAUGGUACAGUAAAAACAUAUUCUGCCAAGUGUACAGAUCUGUCUGAGCCUGUGAAGAUUGAUGUGAAGUCUGGAAAAUGUUACGGCGUUACAGCAAGAUGUGGAAAACGUGGACUCCAAGCGUUCGGAUUCUACUUUAUUUAGAUUCUCAAUAAUGAAAGAAACAAUGCAGAGAUGAAAUGCUAAACAGUGAAGUUAAUGCAUGAAUCAGAUUUAUAUUUACGGUAGUGUAGUAUAGUGUGAGAUUUGAAUCAAUACAUAAUACUUGUGCAUGUUUUCAGAAUCUAAAAUUAGGGAUUCAUUGUAACGUACAAUGUUGGUUUAGAAAAGCAACUGAUUUUUGUUGUGUUUGAUGUGUUGUUUUUAGUUCAUUCAUUUAAUCGUUUCAUUUAAUCAAAUAAUCAUGUAUAAUUAGUCAUUUAUAUAUUUUUCAUUUGAUUAUUUUUGGAAUUUAAUUAUUUAGAUUAAUUAUUUAGGUUAUUAAAAGUUUACAUGAACUCGAAGUUGUUGAGGCUUUUCAGUGUGUUGAUGUACUUCAGACUAAAACAGAAUAUUGAGGAGUGGAGCUUUCUUUUUGCAAAUAAUUUAAAUUUUCUGGUAUCACUCCAUGAAAGGGCUAGUCUCUUGAAGCCAACUAACAGUAAGAGCGGUGUGGUUAAGAAUAAUGUAAAAAAAAAUAAAUUAAUCUGAGGAUUAACUUGCAUGGAUUAAAGGUGCAGUAGGUGAUCUGCCAAAAUGCUAACCGCUUAGCAUAUUAUCUUUGGACAGCGGGAAGAGACUGUGAUUCAAAGCCAAGCCUCCUGAACACGCGCACUGCAUCACAAGAGCCGACAACCUACUAGUUUAUGUUAUUCGCCAGUUAGAAAUGUUACAGUUAUUUAGUGUUUGGCCAGCAAUGUGCAAGAAUUUCAUUUAUUACUAAGCCACACUUACAUGCUAUUUCAGAGUGAAUAUUCCGUGUAGCAUGGUAAACAGUGUAAGAAGGCUGUCAGUGUUCAAAAAUGGAUAGAAAAUAGUCACAUCAAUCUUUCGUCUGGAGAUUUCAGUGGCUGAACAACACAUCUGUGAAUAUAAGCGAUUCAUAACACAACACAACCACACAACAGAACAUUACCUGUCUAACAGUAAUACUUCAGCCAUGGUGUCGUCCUUCCUCCAGCGUGCAAAACUAACUCCAAUAAUGAUUCAGGAUUUUCAAAAGUUUCAAUUCAGCAAUUGAUUUCACCGCGACUGUGAUUGUCUUGUGUGCACGUGAACACACAGCCCUGGUGCAGGCAGGCACACAUGAAUGGCGGAUCUGCGUGAACAGAUGCGCAAAAGCUCGUAUCUGCAUUUGUUAACAGACAGUUUGAGCUACUUACUGUAUCAGAAUUAUGUAAGAUGGCGGCAUUUUUAAUAAAACAUUUUUUUAGUUUUAUGCCUUAUCCAGAAUAAACAAUACAUAUAAACACAUUUAGAUCAUUUACUUUAAUCAGUACUGUUGGACUGAAGAGACUUUCAACCAGCACAACAAAAAAUGUUUCUAAAGACAAUCACCUAGUGCACAUUUAAUCAGUUCACCUAAAUAAGAACAUAAUAAUUUAUGGUAGCAAAAUAAACAUUGUUAAUUUGAUUUCACAUGACACUGGACAAUGUACAAUGUAAUGUAAUAUCACUGGACAAUGUUGCAAAACUACAUUAUAAAUAAAACUACUGGUCAAAGUGAAACAUAUAGGCUUACUAAGAUUCAAUCAACACUUUUUAAAGUCAUCAUUACUUUUAUCAGUCAAUAUUUAUUUAUUUAUUAACAUAUAAUCAGUAGUGGAAAGAGUAACAUUACUUGCC